GCACAUUUUGCUUCUCAAUUCCUUACAAAAAAUAGUAACACGAUGGAUCCAGAACAAGAACAAGUAGCAAAGAAAGCAGCCAAGGCACUUAAAGCCAGAAUCGAUCUCGUUCAAAAACACUUGGAUCCCAUUUUGUCCGGUCCAUUGAGUGAAACUUAUGGCAAAUUACCAACAACCGAAAAAGCACAGUUUGAAGUUUUGCUGUCAUUUGCACUGAAUUCUCUUUAUUACAUUUAUCUCAAGACACAUGGCGUUAAUCCCCUCGAUCACCAAGUAACGAAUGAGCUGCAACGUAUAAAACAAUAUAUCGAAAAGAUCAAGGUUGCUGAAGGCCGAGGACCGAAACGAUCGAUGGAACUGGAUAAGGAUGCUGCAGAUCGAUUCAUCAAAUCAGCAUUAGCUGGAGACGAACAACAACAAUCUGGUGAAGGUAUGUGUUUGCCGAUGAUGUGGUUAUGCAAGUGCGAGGGGUGGUGGUGUUGGAAAGACACAGUUAGAGAGAAGGAAGGAGGUUUUUUUAAAGUGCAAGAAGGUUUUAACUUUAUCGGAAUGAAAGACGAAGAAAAAGGAGAGACAAGCAGGAAACGUCAUCUCGAAAAGGAAAAGAGCCGUGGUGAAGAAGAAGUAUCAGCAACAGCAAGUAGCAGUAAUAAAAAUGGCACUCGAAAACGGCCGAGAAUGGAUCCUUUUGCUGCACCGAGGAACGGAUCCUAUUAAUGGCCUUUUUUGCCUCGUUCCAUCUCUUUUGUUUUAGCCUUUCAUAUCCAUCAUUAUGUCAUUAUCAGAAAAACAAAGAAGCUGUUGCCACCACCUAUCCGUCAUCAUUAAACCUAUCCUUGGCAGCACAUAAUGAUCAAGUCUGUAUAUUUGACUCCCUCAAUCCGAUCCAACCUAGUAGCGAAAUGCAGUUGUCUGUAUGUUUCAGUAAUGCACUUUUCGAUAACAACACAGUCUAUCAAGAGCAUUUGGUUCUCGACUGGCGGUGCGAUUAAGAAAAGG